AUGUCUGGUGUAAUUGCUUUCGAUUGUGCGCGAUCGAAUGGAAAGCACGCUGGGCUUUCACGAAUCCUGUUGGACCGAAGAAUUCCCGGCGUUGGAGGAAUGUUGUCCUGUUGAACGAUUGGCUGGAUCGACCGGUCCAGAUUUAACCAGCGGAUCGAACGCUGUCCGGUUGGAAGCAAUCGGCGACACCGUUUAGCCUGAUAAAGCACGGAGGAUAAGUCGGAUGAAAGAGACUUUGCUCGAAACUAGUUCGCGGGAAACGUAAUAAAUCGAGGCAGCACAAUGUCGCCGCUUUGGAUCGAAUCCACGGAGACCAUGCGAUGUUUUUGAUCUCCACGCUCAAAAUAUUGAAUCGAUGUUUCGUCGGUGGGUGAAUGGCAGGGCUUAGAACGACUUCCGUGUAUCCUAUGGUUGGGUCGCGCUGCUCGAGAUCAUCCCUCUGAUACACACGCGAAGAGACAGAGAGACGGCGAGAGGGAGAGCACUCGAUAGACUCGACGCGUCUUGCGCAGAAUAUGAGGAAGACACGAGGAGAACUUGACGACGAACGCGUGACACCAUGAGGAAAUUCUCGCGUGAAUCGAGUUACACUCGCAUCCUUUCUCGUUAAACGAGACGAUAGAAUCCCAGUGUUUGUGUAACCGGCUGGAUCGAAGGGAAAAUAAUCAUGGAUAAAGUUUAUUCUGGAAGCGAAGGUGUCACGAGCUUGCUCGAUGAGAUUCACGGCGAGGGAUUUCAAUGAUACGCGUCUGAGCCUGGGGUGAUCGGCGAGAGGGCAAGCGGAACGCAGCGGUUGGUUCGUCGCGUGCGGACCUUAUCGUUCCAGCGCGACAGGACGCCUGCGAGAAACAGCCGGAACGAAACGUUUGGACACGAGGAUUUAGAUAACGGCGAAGAAAAUGUCGGACAGAAUCGAAAAAACGAGAGCUCAGCUGAGCCGUUUCGAGAUGUCGUGAUCGACGUUCGGAGAAGAACCAACGCCCCGAAAUGGCUGUCGAGACGAACGAGUCUUUCGUUAGGUCCAUCCUGAGGAAUCUGUCGUUGGACCAACGUCCGAUGGAUUUGUUCACGGUGAACGGGACGAAAGAGGACGUUCGCGACGAGAUCGCGCUGAACGACGCCCUCUCGAAAGCCGACAAAGAUUCGAGCAGCGGUAUCGAGCUGGGCUGGUACAACGACUCGAUCUCUUCCACGCUCUCCGGUUUCCUCUUCGGUGUCCCGUCAUCGUCGUCGUCCUCGUCGUUUUCCUCGCUGUCGUCCACGACGCCCAGCUCCGAGAACUACACCGGCAUAUCGGACCUGUUCGUCUUCGACGACCUCAACGAUUACAUCAAUCGGCUGAACUACAGCGCGUUCGUUAAUCUGACGGCCUAUUACGACGGAGGGAACUUGAAUCUCAACGGGAGCUUGAACUGCACGUCCUCCAUCGUCGCGGGCACCGCGUCCGGGGUGGCGAGAGUGAACGAGUGCGGGGCAACCGACGUCGACGAAAAGACAAACGCGAACAGCUGGUGGGCGCUCAUCCUGGUGAUCGUGCCUUGCUUGACGUUGUUCGGCAACGUGCUCGUCAUACUCGCCGUCGUUCGAGAACGGGCGCUGCAAACCGUCACCAACUACUUCAUCGUCAGCCUGGCCGUCGCCGAUCUGCUCGUCGCUGUGCUCGUCAUGCCGUUUGCCGUCUACGUUCUGGUAAACGGAUCAUGGAGUCUGCCCGGAUUCGUUUGUGACUUUUACAUCGCGAUGGACGUGACAUGCAGCACAAGCUCCAUCUUCAACCUAGUAGCGAUUUCGAUAGACAGAUACAUAGCGGUGACCCAGCCGAUAAAAUACGCGAAGCACAAGAACAAUAGAAGAGUGUGGUUAACGAUACUGUUGGUCUGGGCGAUAUCGGCCGCGAUCGGCAGCCCGAUUGUUCUCGGCUUGAAUAACACCCCCGACCGAAUACCGGACCAAUGCCUGUUCUACAAUGCGGACUUUAUCAUCUACUCGAGCCUAUCCAGCUUCUACAUACCCUGCAUCAUCAUGGUGUUUCUCUAUUACAACAUAUUCAAGGCGCUACGGAACAGAGCGAAGAAAGCGAGGGCCAACAGGAAACCGAAUCUGGGCGACAUAAAACCGGGCAGCAUAAUCGAGAACAUCGCGCACACGCGCAGUGGGUAUUCUGUGGCAAGGUUUGCGGAGACCGCGCUGGGAGCGGCGGCACUCGUGGCUCCUGGUAUGGAAGAACCGACGAACACGGCGUCCGGAAGCAACGAGGACGAGGACGAGACGCCCCUUGAUCCCGUCGUGGUCAUCUCGAACGACAAGAGCACGGAGUUCUUUUUAGCCACGGUCGUCGAGGAGGCAGCUUGUCGUUUCAGCGCAGUGGCUCAAGCUCAGCUGGGCGGAACGCAACACGCCCGAAAGGAUUCCGGGUACGAGGGUGCGGCGAGCACCACGUUGGUCCACGAACCGCUCGAAACGAAUUCCAGCCCGAGUCCGAAUCCGCGGAUCGCGUCCGCCCCGUCGUCGUCCACGUCCUCGUCGCCGCCGCCGAAGAGCGCGAUCGCGAGCCAAAGCUCGCAGUCGAAGAAGAACGGCGCUGAUCCGAACAAGCAGGAGCUGAAGAGGCUCAAGAGCGCCAGCACCCUGCUUCCUCUUCAGCUCGCGAGAACCCCCAGCGUGUUGUCGGCCUCGUCCACGUGUAAGAAGGACAAGAAGAACGCGGCUGCUGGAUCACGGUUCACGAUAUACAAGGCCAACAAAGCCAGCAAGAAGAAACGGGAGAAGAGCUCCGCGAAGAAGGAGCGAAAAGCUACCAAGACUCUGGCUAUUGUUCUAGGUGUCUUUUUAAUCUGUUGGCUGCCGUUCUUCACGUGCAACAUCAUGGACGCCAUCUGCACGAAGCUGGCAGCGAACUGUCAACCGGGUGUCACAGCCUUCAUCAUCACCUCUUGGCUAGGAUACAUGAACAGCUUCGUUAAUCCUGUAAUUUACACUGUGUUCAAUCCCGAAUUUCGUAAAGCCUUCCACAAGCUGGUUAGCUUCUAGAUGGAUCUCUCCGCUCGACGUCCCGUUUAUCUCGAAAGGAAGAACACAACGAGGCAUUGGACAAUCGAAUAGCUCAACGUUUAAUCCGACAGAAGGUAUUUACCGUGUAUCCAGAGCUUUUUACGUAGUUUAUUGUUCCUAAGGUCGGAAUCGUUUCUACCGAAUUGUUUUGCGAUAACUUUCUUACCGAGUGUUCUUUUUCGAAAGGAAAUUGGGUUACACGUUCGCACUUUGUUUGUCAGAAAUCACCGUUAAUAUUCUCUUCGCACCUACUCGACCGUCGUCACUGUUCGAGUUUGAUAUCGAAGGCAGCGUGCAUCGAUGUUAGAGCCGAAUUACCGAAUAAAUAUUUAGACAAGUUAGUCGAGUAAGAAGCACGAAUCCACCCACGGUGUUGGAUCAUUAGACGAAAGGAGUCGUAGGAAAGAAAAGUGGUAAAAACAUCGGGUCGCAUACAAGGUUGAUGGAACGUGUAUUUUUCACGAGCUAGUGAACGUUGUACCGUCUAUGUAUACUUCGUUGGAUAUUAAAUAUGCCGUGACAGUAUUACCGUAGCUCGUAAGGUAUAGCAAUAUUUUUUGGCUCCUGAACCGAAGCGCCAGCUGUUAUCGCGAUAAACUUGCACGUUCUUGCGCGAUGCAGCGUGACUCGAUGCAUUUACGUUGACUGCAACGUGAUUCAUGAAUCCAGCAUUUUAUCCUCGUUCCAUUGUCAUUCCAUUUAUGAACGAUAUCCCGAUGGCACUUCGAAGAACGAGCUUCCAAAAUUCGGGCUUUAAAACGCGAACCGUGCUAACCAUUUGGAAACCCGUUCUUUGAUUACGCUUAAAAUCCUGUUUUCGCGAGGGCGGAACAAAAGCCUUCCUGUCGAGCGUGUUCGUUGCAAUUUGCAGUUCAAUUUCCUUCACUGUUCGAAUUCUUUCGAAUUUUCAUCGAUCGUUUCCGCGUCAUGACACUCGGCUCGUAUUUCUAAUCAAGAUUUACGUAUUGUCCGGUGCAUUUACCGUGGAACGUUCCCGUCGCUGAGAAAAUCGAUAAGGCAUCCGUUUUCUGCCUCUCUUUCGGAUACAAAAGCCCCGAGGAAUUUCUCGUAAAGACAAAUAUCGCGAGCUCGAGACGCGUUCGACAGAGUGAAUGCAAGACACCGGUCGAUGCAUCAGACACCUACAUAUCGGCCGUAUCGUUCCACCCUCGUGAACACGACCAUGAAGUUUCCCGCGACCGAAUUUUCAAACAUAUCAAUAUAAAUACGAGACACGAUACCUGACUGCACGUUGGCAUCCAGAGACCGUGUGCGCCUACAGGCGUACAGAAUACUUCAAACUUGACCACGUUCUCUAAAACUUUCUGUUUCAACAGAAAUAUACAUGAAAUUUUAACCCUUUGCGCUCGAGAGGCGACUCUC